CUCUCCGCCCGACCCGUAGUUACAUGUUAUCAAUGCGGAAGUCGUUUUAAGAGGCAACAUCAGUUAUGGUAUUUUACUAUUAUCUGAAUGAAGGCAACACACUCCAUACAUAAUGUUUACUAAUACGUAAACGCAUAGUUUUUGAAAUGCUUUCCGACUCUGCAUUCAUCUGAAAUGGGACGUUUUGUCGGCUCGUCUUCAUUUUUGUAACCUUUCCGGGGGAAAGCGUCUGAUCAAGUGUCAAACAGCAAGUUUCUACAAAGUGUCCAUCAACUAGCAAAAUGAAAGUCCGGACGUCUGUUUUUGCCUCGUUUAUUUUGAUAUUUGAAGGGAUUGGAAUCGCCCUGUUCUUGCGGGGAUUUUUUCCUGUACCUGUGAAGUCUUCUCUCCCAGCCAAGAGCAAGCUGUCGGAUCUCCCAGCAGAGCCACUGACAGGAAGCCCUCCUAACUCGUCCCGCCUUCCUCAGCCUCUCUUUAAAAGGGUUGUUGUGAUGUUAGUGGAUGCUCUGAGGGAGGACUUUGUGUUUGGCCCUGAUGGUCGAAAGUAUAUGCCCUACACCAGACACAUGGUGGAGAGAGGCUCCUGUCACAGUUAUGUGGCCAAGGCAAGACCUCCUACAGUCACCAUGCCCAGGAUCAAGGCUCUAACCACUGGCAGUAUCCCAGGCUUCGUCGAUGUUGUGAUGAACCUGAACUCUCCUGCCCUGCUGGAGGACAACCUGAUUUGGCAGGCCAAGACAGCAGGGAAGAGGAUGGUCUUCUAUGGAGAUGAUACCUGGGUGCGCCUCUUCCCGAAACACUUCAUGGAGCAUGAUGGGACAACAUCCUUUGUGUCUGAUUACACUGAGGUUGACAACAACGUGACCCGUCACCUGGAUAGCACCCUCAAAAGAGAUGACUGGGACAUUUUGAUCCUUCACUAUCUCGGCCUUGACCAUAUCGGUCAUAUCAGUGGACCCCACAGUUCCCUCAUCCAGCCCAAACUGAUGGAGAUGGAUGACACUAAGAAGAUUCACAGUGCCCUGAUUUCCAAGGAGGCAGAGGGAUCCUUGCCCUACCUGCUUGUGCUGUGUGGAGACCAUGGCAUGUCUGAGACCGGCAGCCAUGGAGGCUCAUCAGAGCCAGAAGUCAAUACGCCUCUGGUGCUCAUAAGUCCAGCCUUCAAGAGAAAAGCCGGCAUGGAGAAGCCUGGAGUUGUUGAACAAGUUGACCUGACUCCGACUCUGGCUCUUGGACUCGGCCUCCCCAUAUCUCAAAACAACGUGGGUCGUGUCAUCCCUGCCGUAUUGGAAGAAACCACUCUCCGAGACCAGCUACGCUUCCUACAUCUUAACGGCCACCAGCUCAGCUGCCUGCUCAAAGACAGCAUACCAGACUAUGACAAAGAGCCUGGAUUUGAGCAGUUCCGUGUUGCAGAAAAGGCUCAUGGGAACUGGAUGAAGCUUUACCUGGAAGGCAACACCUCUGAAGUACUUUCAAAUGUAGGGAAAAAGGUCCUGAAGCAGUAUCUGGAAGCCCUCGCUGCCAUGAGCUCAGCCCUCAGCAAACAGCUGGGCAAGUACGACAUGUACUCCAUGAUAGCAGGCAUGGUGUUUGUGUUUCAGCUCCUGUUAGUGAUACUGCUCGCUAUGCCUGAAGCCCUCAGUGGUGGAGCAGUCGUUGACCUCCCAAUCCUCUCAUCCCUCCUCUCUCUACCUUUCUACCUCUUGUGCCUGCUGUUCUCCUCGGUGCACGUCUUGGUGUGCACAUCUGCUGAGAGCUCCUGUUACUUCUGCAGCCUCUCCUGGGGUCUGGUGUUUGCUGCUGUAGCCUUCUUCUCAGCGAUGCUUUGCACUCUGGUCUCUAUGAUGGCAAGGCAUCUCACCCCAGGAGCAAAGAUUCCCGGCAAGAUGCCCUUCAGGAGCAGUGAGUGGUCUCUCUCAGAGCUCGAUGUUUUACUGCUCGCUGGCACAAUCGGACACACUCUUAGUUUGGCUGCCAGCAGCUUCGUAGAAGAGGAGCACCAAACCUGGUACUUUCUGCUCAACACGCUCUGCCUCGCCGUCUUCCAGGACGUCUGCCGCAAAUACUUCAGAGAACAGAGAGACGCCUUCGAAGAAGAAGAGCAUACCCCCCUUUUUAAAGAUGUUCAUACCUCUGUUCACCAAAAGACAGAUAUGUGGUCAGAGAAAUGGCUAGCGUUAGCCACGCCACCUUUCACUCUGGUCUGCUGCAGACUGCUGCGCUCUCUCAACCAGACGGGGGUGCAGUGGGCUCAUCUUCCUGAUGUGGGACAUUGGCUCAACAGCUCUGAACACAGGACUGUUCUGUCCUUCAUGGCGGCCUUCUGCCUCGUUCUUAUCUACCUUCUGGUUCAGAGACGUUGCUCUUGGGUGUCUAAGGUUGCCCUCGCCCUUGGACUUUUGGGCGUCUACAGCUACCGUGCGGCUGUGGGCAAUGUCUCGUUUCCGUGGCAACACUCUGGUCCAGCUAUGUCAAAGGGAACGGUGGAGGCACGCUUCGUUUACGUCUUUGUUUUGGGCAUCCUCUUCUCCGGCACCAAGGACCUGUUGCGUUCCCAGAUCAUCACAACAGAUGCCAAGUUGAAGAGCAGGGGGUUGUGGGAGAUUUACAGCGGCUUGGUUUUGUUGGUUUCGUUGUUGUUUCGUGCUCACAACUUGCCAGUCCUCUGCUGCUGCCUGCUGAUCCAGACGUUCAUGGCUCAGUUUAUCUGGAAGAGACUUCACUACGACGCAGCCCAAACCACCAUCAUGCAUUACUGGUUUGGUCAGGCCUUCUUUUACUUUCAGGGUAAUUCUAACAACAUUGCCACCAUCGACAUCUCUGUGGGGUUUAUAGGAUUGGAAAGUUACAUAGAAGCCCCUGCCAUCUUCUUAACGGCCCUCAACACUUACGCAGGGCCCCUGCUGUGGGCAUGUCAUCUUGUCUGCUACCUCAGCUCAGAGAGAGAAAGGAGUCCUGUUGCAGUCGGCCACGGCUGCUACUGCUUAGCACUGCUGAGGUCGGUCCCGACUGCAGCCUACAUUGUGCUGAUCACAGUUUUGCGGUACCAUCUCUUCAUAUGGAGCGUCUUUUCACCCAAACUCCUGUACGAGUCCAUGCACCUACUGCUCACUGCAGGAGUCUGCCUCUUCUUCAACACAAUGGACCACAGCCACAGCUCCAGUAGACUGUGAGGAGCCGAACACUCUGCACUCAUCCUGAUAUCAAAGGAUUGGAUACACUUUUUGUACUGUGUGUGAGGCAUUCAGACUGAUACACACAACAGUGCGAUCACCCGAGUUAUGUUCCAAACCUGUUGACAUCAUGUGAUGGAUGCUUUUGAAACUGUCCUCGUUUUGCACUCCUUAUGUUUCCAAAAAAUAUAUGAGAAUGCUCUUCUAUAUUUUUAUGCUGUCUAUUUAAAUAUUUGUUUUUUUUCUGGUGAAUAAAUGUGAAAGGGUAUGAAGAAGCUUUUUGAGAGAGUAACUUUUUAACAUGCUUUAUAUAUUACCUCAGGAGCACACAGUGAGCGAGUACUGCUGAACAUCUGUGCAGCACUUUAUGUUCUGGCUAUAAGUGACUGCAUUUAUGUUACACGGGAGAAUAAAACAAGUUUAUGUUGAAGAGAAUGUAAAUCUGUAAUCUUUCAGUCUCAUGACACAUUAAGGAAACACUUACAGAUGUUUUUAAUCAUUCUCUUUGAUUAAAGCGAGCUGAUGUUAAGCCAAGCAGUAGCUGCAGGCCUUUCUCACAGGAGAUAUUUUGACAUGUCCCAGUAGGAAAGCACAGGUGUUAUUAAUAUAAUGAAUGAAUUCCAUUCAUUUGCAUUAGUUUCAUAGUCCUAGUAUUGUUCAUGAUAGCUCACAGUCACACAGUCAGGAAUCACUAGGAUGCUUGAACAGCAACACGGCAUGGCUGAUGUUAUUUAUAUUACUUUAGUUGCACGCUUAUCUUACUGAUGCCGUCCAACUAAAUUGAAAAAUGCCGCUAGACUCAUCAAAGUUAAGUUUUCCUGGUCAACAGGUUUAGAGAAACCAAGACCUUUUUUUAGGCGGGUGGCCCAAAAACAUAUUUUGUUUGAUUCCAGUAGGAUUUCUACAAAUGUUUGUCAGUCUGGACACACAUUUCAAAGUGUCUUUUUUGUCACUUAUACAGAGACACAGUUUUUUAACGUCACAUCCAGAGUGAGUAGAGUGGCGACACACAUCAUCUGCUGAUACUUCUUCUGGCUUUUAAACAGGUUAGUGUAUUAUUAUGAUGAUCACUUGCAGAUAACUAAGUUGACAGUAUGCCCCCGGGAUCUAAAUUUAAAGAACAUUUUGAUGUCCCUAAAGUCUAAAAAAAAAUAGAACACUCUAAGUCUGAGUCUGUACUUCGCAAGUCCAGGUCAAGGUCUAAUCAGGCUGCAUAAGGCAUAAAGGUGCUGUGGUGUGUGGUUGUCAUAUUAAGGUGCAGAGGGUUUUAAUAUGUGAAGUAUAAUUUCUUCUGAAUAAGUCUGACCCCAGGACAGCCAUUCACUGUUAUCUCAAAUCCCAGAAACCCUCACACUAUAACUUCUGCUUGCAGUACCAAGCUUGUGUUUGAGAUCUGAAAUAAAGAGUCAAAAACA